AUGGAUGCUCAAGGAGGAGGAGAUGCUCAAGGCGGAAGUCAAGGAGGACCAAAACCAUCUAAUAAACGACUUCAACAAACUCAGGCGCAAGUCGAUGAAGUCGUCGGAAUAAUGAAGGUAUGAGAUUGCGGGAGGGGAGAAAAGUGGGAUUUUGACUGAAAUCUCGCAAAAAAGCGAUUUUUCACAUGAAAAAUUUACAAAAGCUCAAUAAUCAAUGUUUCAUGUGAGGAAGAAACGAUUUUGUCAUCGAUAAACUGGGAGAUCGUGACGAGAUCCUAGACGACACAUCAAAUUGAAUAUCAGUUUUAGAAUUUUCCUUUAAAAUUUCAAAAGCACAAUGCACUUCCAAAUUUCUAUCAAUUUGGACUCAAAAUUCAAAUUUUCUCUGAAUUUAUCGAUCCGCCUGGAACACCGGAAGUAUAAUUUCGAAAAAAAACCGCUAUUCAAAAAUUUAUAGCUUUUUGCAUUCUCAAUGAGUCAACUGAAUAUAUUUCGAAAUUCUAUGUUGAAUUUUGUCUAGAAUUGGUUUUCCUCCGGAAAUAGUGUUCUCUGAACACCGGAAAUUUGCCAUUUCACAUUCCCAUCGAAAAAUUAUCAUUUAUAUUUUGUGUGAAGAAAUUAUGAUACACUAAUGAUGGGACAUCAAACUAGACACAAACACGAGAUCAAGAGAAAAACUCUUAUGAAUAUUCAGUGAUGAAUAAUUCUAUCGUUUUUUUCAUGAAAUUUGAGUUCUGAGUAUGAGGGGUUUCUAAUUGGAAAUGUAUCGGAAUUUGACCGAAAAAAAUAACUUCAAAUUUUUUUCAGGUGAACGUCGAAAAGGUUUUGGAACGUGAUCAAAAAUUGUCGCAACUCGAUGAUCGAGCUGAUGCUCUUCAGGUAAUUUUUGGGCAUUAAAUUAUAAGCUAUAGUUCGGUGGGAAAAUUUUUAAAAUAUUGAAAAAUAACAUUUCUUGAAUUUAACCCUUCUUCUUAUUUUUGAAAUGAAUUUCUAAAUAAUAAAUACAUAAAUUCUAAGAAAACGAAAUGUUAUACGUUGCGUGGGUUUUUGAAAGAAUCUUUGAAAAUAAAAAAUGUUAUUAUUGAAUUAAAAACACGUGAGAAAUAAAAAACUAGGUCAAGUGACGUGGAUUUAAAAACAGUAUAGGUAGCCAUGUCGUCAGUCGCGAUUCGUGUGAGCGACACGUUUUUAGAAAUGAAAAUUUGACAAAUCCAAUGGAAAAUAUCGAGGUCAACACGCUACGCAGGACCGCAUCGCAAUUGACGACAUGGCUACCUAUACUGUUUCUAAAUCCACAUCACUUGACCUAGUUUUUUAUUUCUCACGUGUUUUUAAUUCAACAAUAUGUGGUGAAUAGCGAUUUAAAAAAUGUGUAUCUGGAUUUUUCGUUUCUUUUCUCCUCAGAAAAGCCCAGAAUAAUUCGAAAAAUUAAAAAUAUCUCUGUAAAUUUCCCCAAUGGUUAUAUUUAAUUUCAGGAAGGAGCAUCACAAUUCGAGAAAUCGGCCGCCACACUCAAACGCAAAUAUUGGUGGAAGAACAUCAAAAUGAUGAUUAUCAUGUGCGCCAUCGUCGUCAUUCUCAUCAUUAUUAUUGUAUUGUGGGCUGGAAAAUAA